ACGUAAGAGACAACCCAUUCAUCAAAAAUCGAUCCAGCACGAGAAUUACGAACGCCCCAGGAGGGAACUCCACCGUAUCAUUUGGAAACUACGUAGAACCUGAGAACAAAAAUGCCAGCAAGAAAAAUGCGAAUUCAGCCUCAAAGAACAAUGAGAGCUCGGAGGCAGCGGGUAACCCUGAAAUGAGCAAGAUGCCAUCUAAGUCGGACAAAAAGACGAACGUGAAAUCAUAUUCGGAUGAGGGCCUUCCCAAGUCAUCUGCGAAUUAUAAAUCCAUGCACCCCCUAUCCUAA